AUGCUUACUGCAACACUAUCUUUUCCAUUUGGAGUUCUGCUGUAUCUGUUUUACUUGGUUCGACCAGAGACUCUUCCCCUACUUUUGAUCUGCUUCGAGAUGGGCACGUUGGCGAGUCGAGCGUUCUACUCACCGGCCUUGUUCACAUUCCUUUGCCAGACAGUCUUCUUUUACCCGGGUCAGUCUAGCAAUAUCUCCUCGAUCGAUAUCGCUGUUGGAUACAAAGGUUUAUCGUCAUACUCUGCUGCUUUUGUGUUGUUUCAAAUUCUGGGCAACUUCUACGCAACUCCUACUGCUCUAAUUUCAGGUUACUUAUUGAGAGCUCUUCAGAUUACGUUGACUAUAAUUCAGAUACUACAACGACGACAAGCAGUCCAGAGAGGAGUUGAUGUACGGUCAUCUUCUGUCGGCGACUUUACAUCUGCGAUCUGUACUGCUGUGUUCCGCUAUCACUGGAAUGAUUAG